AUGGCCGGAGAAAAGCUCAACGUUGCCGUCGCCGGACUCGGGCGCAUGGGCCUGCGACACGCUAGACACUUUGCGACCUUGACACCAAAGGCCGACCUCAUCGCCGUCAGCUCGCCGGUGCAAGCUGAACUCGAUGCCGCCGUCGCAGAGUUUGGUCCUCUGCGGACGUACCUCGACUACGACGAGAUGCUGCGCAAGGAGUCAACUUUGCAAGCCGUGAUCGUCGCCAGCGCCACCACAGUACACGCCGAACAGGCUAUCAAGGCCAUCGAGAAGGGUCUACACGUUCUGUGCGAGAAGCCUCUCAGCACAAGCGUCGAUAUUUCACAAUCCGUCGUCACAGCGUACGAAAAGUCCCUCAUCAAGAAUCCCAGUCAGAAGGUUAUCUGCGGCUUCUCACGUCGAUUCGACGCAUCUUACCGAGAUGCCUUCACACGAGUGGCUCGCGGCGACAUCGGUGCGCCAUCGGUCUUCCGCUCACAGACGUGCGAUAAGCUCGACCCCUCCGGCUUCUUCGUCGACUACGCCGAGUUCAGCGGUGGCAUCUUCGUCGACUGCUCUAUCCACGAUAUUGACCUGGCGCUUUGGUUCUUUGGAGAAGACAGCGUUGUGAAGAGUGUGUCUGCUAUCGGCAUCACAGCUGUGCAAGAGGGUUUGAGGAAGCACAAUGAUAGAGAUAACGCUGUUGCUGUUGUCGAGUUCUACGGUGGAAAGAUUGCCCAGCUCUUCUGCUCCCGCAUGAUGGCCGCGGGCCAAGAAGACACUACCGAAAUCUUCGGUACAAGCGGCAAGGUCGCCGUCAACACACAGCCCCAGCUGAACCUCGUCAACCUCUACGAGCCCACAGGUAUCCGUCGCGAGAUUCCUCCCGACUACUAUGGCCGCUUCCGCGAGGCCUUCAUCACCGAGGCCAACGAGUUCACUGCGUGCUGUUUGAACAACACCGAGCCGCCCAUGAAGCUCGCCGGUGCUGUCAACGCCGUCAAGAUUGGUUGCGCGCUGCAGGAGAGUUUGAUCACUGGGAAGAAGAUUGAUUUCGAUGAGUCAGGCAAGCGCAUUGAUAGUGCUAAGCUGUAG